AUGAUUGUUCUUAAUUUAGUCAAGAUGCGAGAGAAGCGCCGUCAUGAAAGUAUUUUAACAAAGGAAUUUAGCAGUGCUAUCAGUUACCUCAAUCAGUUUCUACCUCCAAUCCAUAACAUCCAAUAUAUUGGCUUUGACAUGGCUGGUGUGAGCAAAAAGAAAGAUUCUAAUGUGAUGGAGAGGCUAGGUAAAAUUGCAAAAUAUUGCAUCAAACGUACAGGUUUCUAUUUUCAUUCUCCUCAAGGAUCACAGGAUGAACUCUGGAAAUCUGAUCAUUUAAAAGGAAUCCAAGGAGUUAAAACUAGUUAUGGCAAGUGUCAAACUGGAGUAAUAAGAACCAACUGUGUCGAUUGUCUUGACCGAACAAAUACUGCUCAGUUUGCUGUUGGAAAAUGUGCCCUUGGUUAUCAGUUAUAUGCAAUGGGUAUUAUAUCCAAUUCCAACCUGGAGUAUGAUACUGAUUGUGUUAGAAUGCUGGAGGAGUUGUAUGAAGAUCAAGGUAACACACUAGCUUUACAAUAUGGUGGUUCUCAGUUGGUUCACAGAAUAAAAGGUUAUCGUAAGAUUGCUACAUGGACAUACAACUCUCGCGACCUGGUACAAACUAUAUCAAGAUAUUAUAGCAAUGCCUUUUCAGAUGCUGAAAAGCAACAGUCAAUCAAUUUAUUUCUUGGAAUUUUUGCUCCAAAUGAAGCCUGUCCAAAUUUAUGGGAGUUACCCACUGAUUAUUAUCUUCACAAUCUUGAUGCAGCUGGGAAAUAUCCACUUGUGAGAAAAAGUUACUGUCAAUGGUGGGACACAAAUGUUCCAUUUUACUUGCCCAUGUCACUAGAAGAAGCAAUGAAGGGUAUGGAUGGUGAAGUGAAAAUAGCCAAGAAGAAAGCCAAUGAUGAAUGUGUGGAUGAGUUUUAUGAAUACUAUCGUCCUUAUGAGCUGACUUUUCUUGAUGACCUCUUUAGCUUCUCUGUAACACAUUCUAUAAGGAAUUUAAUGCCUAAACAUGCAACUGAUUAUAGUCCAUUUUCUCAGAGGCUAAACCUUGAUCGGCCUUUAGAAGAUUCAAGUGGUAAUGGACUUGAUGUAUCUGUUAGUUCCAAGCAAGACUCUGCAAGCUCAAAUAUUAUGACUCUAGAAGAAAGUGCUAGCAGCAGUGAAAGUGAUGAAAUGGAGGGAGAUGUGGAUCUCUCAGAUAGUUCCUACUCAGAUAAUUCUACUCUGGGCAGUAAACUGAUCUCUUUCAAGGAUAUAUUUCCUACAACACAGGCAGUAUAUGACUUCAGUAUUAUUUUGCCUUCCAAGCGAGGAAUGUCGAUGUAUGACAGGCAUGCCAAAUUUGGAGAGUCGUAUUCUCAACCAUCAUCACCAUUGGGUAAAUGUGCAAAGAGAGCAAGAUUAAAUGAUGACUUGUGUGAAAUUAGUACGUUCAAACUAGACAGUAUAUACAAAGUUGAGUUGCCACCCAUAAACAAGUAUUCAGAUGAUAUUUACUCAGCUUAUGUAUGGCGUGGCAAGCAUGGUGCUGGAGCUCCAACAACAAAAGACAUGGACACAUACAAGAAAUACAACAGUAAUAAAUUCUCCCGCAAAUCUCUCGAAGACUGUGACGAUAGUCUCUUGACUACAGUCUCUUUCCCCAACUCUUCCAUCUCUCCUGUAACACCACGACCCGUAAUGGUCGCCUGCGGGUGCUCACGCACGCGACAACGAUGUGCUGACCGAUCGCGGUCUCUCUCAUCUCUCUCUUCCAUCUGCACUCGAUGGCAGACCAGCCAACCACUCUCUGCCUCUUCCGUCUGGCUUGUAGCAGUGUGGCCCGUAAUGUGCCGACUGAUCUCCGUCUCUCUCGUCUCUCUCUUCUAUUUAGCACUUUUUCAGCAUAACCACGCGUUUAUAUAG